UCUCUCUCUGUAAUCACGCUUCUCUUGGCGCCUUGAACUCAGCACACUUUUGACAGUUAGUUAUCAGAUCUGGUGUUUUAGUGUAGGACUUGAACCUCAUGAACUAAGAUUCGUAAAAACCCUAAGGAAAACAAUGGUGUACACACUCUCUGGUGUUCGUUUUCCUACUGUUCCAUCGCUUCACAAAUCCCCUGCUUUCACUUCCAAUGCUGAUCGGAGGAAUCCUAGCGUUUCUGUCUUCUUGAAAAAGCACUCUGUUUCACGGAAGAUCUUUGCUGAAAAGUCUUCUUACGAGCCCAAAUCCCGAUCUUCUACAGUUGCAGCAUCAGGGAAAGUCCUUGUUCCUGGCAGCCAGAGUGAUAGCUCCUCAACCUCAACUGAACAAUUGGAGGUCGCUGAUACAGUUCCAGAAAAUUCCCUG